ACUUUGGUCAUUCAGUUGUGAUGGCUUCACAGAGGAUGGCACAGUUUCUUUUUCCAUUGUUAGCACUUAUUUUUAUUUUGCUGUGCAAAGCACUGUGCAAUGAAGGUAUUUGCGGAGCGAAAAAAAUAUGCCCUGAAUACUUCUCUGUUGUUACGCCAAACGAGGAUUUUGAAACACGUCUGUAUGUUGAAACACGUUGGAUUACCACUCAAGUAAAAAGCCAACAAUUGUCUGAUGUGAUGGCUGCACAUUACAGAUUGCAAGGUUUUUGCGACAGACAAAAGGCAAAAGGUCAUCCCAUCCCUGACGGCUACCCUGUUCUCAUCUCAGCCAUUAAAGCUGCAGAUAAGCUGUAUGCAAACAUGUCCUGGUUUGUUCCAAAUAACACAGAAAUAGCUAUAACCAGUGACACAAAUGUGUGGAUACAAACAAGACCGAUGGGUUAUGUUUACGUCAGAUCAUUUGGAGGAGUGCCAAGCUGGGAAACAAGCAUUGAAAAAGGAGAGCAGUUGCAAGAACUCGUGACUAAAGCUGGGAAAUCUUUUGUUGCCAACCACUUCUUUGGGGCUGUUUAUAAUUCUUCCUUGGAGCUGAGGAAGUACAAGGAAAUUUGGAUUCCUGCAUCAUAAAAAUCUCAAUUGCUGCCUAUCCUAAAUCAAAAUUGUCAGCCAACUUCUACAAAUCACAAUAACUUUGAUUGAUUUUUUUUUUGAUCAAAUCAACAUUUAUGUUACGUGUCAUGCUUUAAGAUCAAGUGCACAUAGCAAAGACAGAUGUGGAAGUUCCAUUUGGGCUGCUUUAUCGAAUCGACUGUAGUAGCCACAAUCAACACAGAAGUUCCAUCUAUUAUCCACUAGAUGGCGCAAUUUCUUUAGUUAUGCAAAACUGAUGCAGACAAGAGCCUCCCCAAUGAGUAUAAAAUGACUAGAGGAAAAGCUGUGCACUUGAUGCUGCGUCACGGAGACUAAAAAUCUUUCGGGGGCUAAGCUGAAAAUUGUUUCUGAAAUGUAUUUGAAAGAAAUUGAUAUGUACGCAUUUCUGCAAUAGCUGCUUUUUGGUUAUGAAAAUGGAAAUGAAACAAAUUCUACAAACCCUUUAAGCUACAUCAUGCACAUCCUAAAAUAAAUAAGAUGAAAUGAA